AUGUCCAGGGCAGACUCUGACAUUGACCAAGAGGACAGCCAUGUUUACAGCCAGACAAGAGAUCAAGCUGUGAAAGAGAAGAGGAGGUCUCCCCCCUCUACAAGAUCCCCUUCGGCCCCACAGCGCAACCCUCACCACAGCGGCGCCGCAGACGAACAGGAGAGCCCAGAAAGAGUGGUGCAGAAGGAGAAACUACAUGCCGAGCUGAAGCAGGUUUUGAGUCAGAAAAGAAGUCAUUUAAGAGAGUCAACCUGCAAACUGGCCCAACCAGAGAUGGAUUCAGAGCCGGCAGAAGAACAGACAUGUAUGGAAGAAGUCUCUAAGUCUGUGGAAAUCGUGGUGGAGACGGAGGCAGAGGUUGGAGCCAGCGGCUACAGUGUGACAGGUGGAGGACAUCAUGGGAUCUUUGUUAAAGAUGUCCUCAAGGACUCUCCAGCUGCUAAACACCUAAGUCUGCAGCAAGGUGAUCAGCUGCUGAGUGCGAAGGUCUACUUUGACAACGUGAGGUAUGAAGAUGCACUUCGGAUCCUUCAAUGUGCAGAGCCCUAUAAGGUCAGCUUUCAGGUAAAGAGGACUGUUCCUAAAGCUGAAGUCAGCGUCCGGCCAAGAGUUCCCAGCGGGGAGGUCAAAGGUCCCAAAGCCAAGAUGGCUAGAAUGAGUGUGAAAGGUAUGAAACCAUUCAAGACCCAGAAGAAACGAGGGGGUCGUUUUGGUCUGAAGAGACUGAAAGAGAAGCGCAAGGAAGAGCUGGUGAUAGAGGGAACACCCCCACGGCUCGAGACAGGUGACGUUGAUGUGGAGUUUUCACUUCCUAAAUUAAAACAGAGGAAGAGCACGAAAAGUGACGUAGAUGUCAGAGGAGCAGGAAACAGGGAAAAGGCAAAAACAAAGAUCAGGUUCCCACACAUUAAAGCCAAGGGAUACUGUGCCACAGGAGGAAAUCUGGAACUUGAGGGACAUGAGAACAUGCCUCCAUCUGAGAUACCUAGAGCUAAAGUGAAACCCAAAGGGAAGGGACACAAGUUUGGCAUAAUGUUUCCCAAGACUAAACACACAAAGUCAGGUUCUGCUAUGGAAAGUGGAUCGGUGGAGGUGAGGCCUCUAGAAAUAACCAUCCAGCCACCAUUAGUGGAGGUCGCUCUGUCUAGUAAAAAAGACAAAAAUGUGGAGAAGAGAGGCUCAAAGUUUAACCCCCCUGAUGUGGAGUUUGAACUCCCCUCAGGAAAAACUGAGGUGUCUUUGCCCACUGUGAAGGGAACCACAGACAUUAAAGCUCCUAAAGUGGGCAUCAAAGGAGAAGCUGAUGUACCUCAAGGGAAGGUUAAUCUAGAUGUUGGCAGGGAAGAUGCAAAACUCAGAAUGCCAAAGUUGAAACUACCCAAAAUCAGACUCUCACGCCAUUCGGAUGAGAUAGACGGUGAGAUCAAGGUGAAAUCUGAGGGAAUGAAAAUAUCUGGUACUGAUUUAAAAACUCCAACAGCACAAAUUAGAGGUGAUGGAGAAAUUAAUCUUCCUGAAGUGGAGGUCACCAAACCAAAAAUUAAAGGUGAUAUAUCUGGAAAAGCCCCCUCAGUUGAAAUGCCCACCGCUGAUAUUUCUUUGCCAAAAUUAAAGGGAAAGUCUGACACAAGUUAUUCACCCCAAGGGCUUGAAGGAGCAGAGAAGUCAGAAAUCAACAUGUCUCCCAUCCAAAUCUCUGUGCCCGAUCCUGGUCUGCAAUUUGAUUCUGGAAGGAGAAUUCCAGAUGAAGUAGAGGGCACUGUUAAAGGACCCAAAAUCUCUGUGCCAAAGGUUGAUAUCUCUUUACCAAAGGCUCCAGGUGUAGAUAUUAAAGGACCAGGAGGUGCAGGAAAUUUUAACGCACCUUUUGUUGACGUCUCUUUCCCGAAGAUGAAAUCAGAUGGUGUAGAUGUGGAUAUAGACCAUUAUGUUGGUGGUGAUGGAAAGUUUAAGCUGCCCGAUUUUGACGUAACUCUCCCUAAAAUGAAGUCACCAGAGGAAGAUGUGGAAGUGGGUUUCAAAUUGCCCAAAAUAGAUUUAACUCUUCCAAAAAGCAAUGCAGGAGCAACUGAUAAUGAGGAAAAGGGAAGAUUUCAGCUACCAUCCGUUGACAUCUUGCUUCCUAAAUUGAAGGCAGGCGAAGUCGACACCGAAGGCCAAACUGUGAAAGGUGGCAAAUUUGUAACACCUGGUAAGCCAUUGCCUAAAGGAAAAAUAGAGGGAAACAUUGACGUAAAAGGACAUGCUGAGGGGGACAAAUUCAAAAUGCCAUCAAUAGAUGUGUCUCCACCAAAGCUAAAACCAGAAGGUCACACAAAAGCACCUAAGCCUGAGAUUGAAGGUGAGAUUUCUGUUUCUUCUGCAAAGAUAACUAUGCUAAAAGGAAAGGCAGAGGGUGAUGUCGAGAUAGGAGGUCAAGAUGCAAAAGGAGGGGAAUUCAAAAUGCCUUCUGUUAACAUCAAACUCCCACAGACGGGAACUGCUGGAGCAGAGUUUGACAUUCAGGGACCUGAGAUGCCAUCAGCAGACAUUUCUUUACCUAAACCCACAGGUGAGGUUGACACUGAGGGAAGAGUUGACGGAGGCCAAUUGAACACACAGUUGGUAAACAUUUCUCUCCCAAAAAUUAAGCUUCCUGAAGAUGUGAAACUAGAAGCUCCUGAACUUCCAAACAUCGACCUCUCCCUUCCAACAUCAAGUGAAAUAGGCAAUGUGGAGUUUGAAGGAAGUCGUGGUGCCAAAUUUAAGAUGCCAACUUUUGACAUCUCAUUCCCAAAGGGUAAAACUGAAGAGAGAGAAGUGGAUAUUAAAGACCCUGCCAUCAAAGGAGGAGCAAAAUUCAACAUGCCAUCUCUUGACAUUUCUCUCCCUACAAUAAAAUCACCUGAGGGGGGAGCUGACAUCAACAUUGAAGGUCAUGAAAUUAAAAUUAAAUCCCCUAAGGCUAACUUAGAUGUAAAAGGAACUGAGAUCAAAGAAAGUAAAAUGAAGUUACCUGCAAAAAAUAUUUCCCUUACAAAAGAAAAAGUAGAGGGGAAGGUAAACGUUGAAGAGAAAAGAGGCAAGUUGAAGAUGCCUUCAUUAGGUGCGUCCUUUGCUAAGGUGAAAAUGCCUGAGGAAAACAUUGAAAUUGAAGGACAAUCUGUUGACAUCUCACUUCCAACAGGAAAAUUAGAUGUGGACAAAGGAACUAAAAGUAGGGGAGGACAUUUUCAUUUACCCUCAGUUGACAUUUUUCUACCUAAAAUAAAGUCUAAGCGAGGUGAUAUCAACAUCGAAGGGCCAGAACUUGGAAGUGGACAAAUAAAAGCGCCAACUAUCGACAUCUCUCUACCACAAGGAACUUUUGAAGGUGACAUUGUUAUUGACGAUGGAGGUAAUAGGGCCAGAUUCAAUGUGCCAUCUGUAGAUAUCGACUUACCCAGUGUUAAAAUUCCAGAAAGAGAUGUGAACUUCCAAGGUCCAAAAGUCAAGGGUUGCAAGUUUGAAAUGCCCAAAAUUGAUCUCUCAUUACCUACAGGGAAAAUACAUGGAAACAUUGAUAUUGACAUUCACACUGGAAAAGAUGGGAACAUUGAAAUACCUUCACAUGAAACCAAACUUCUUAAAGGCCAGGGCAAAUCUGGUGUAAAUGUCAAAGUUCCUGAGGGAAAAGCAGGAAAACUCAAAAUGCCUAAGUUUAAAGUUUCUGCUCCGAAACUAGAUGUACCAGAGGGUGACGUCAAAGUCCAAGGACCAGAAGUUAAAGGAAACACUGAAAUGCCAGCAGUUGAUAUUUCACCUCAUAAAGGAAGAAUAGAGGGAGGUCUUGACAUUGACAGCCAUGAAGCUAAAGGAGCCAAAUUUCAUAUGCCUUCAAUACACUUUAACCUUCCAAACAUAAAAUCUAAGGAAGCUGGUAUCGAAGGACAAACACUUAGCGUGCCAUCAAUGGAUAUUUCAGCACCCAAAAUAAAAUCUCCAGAGGUAGAUGUCAGCCUCAAGGGUCCAGGUGUUGAUAUUACACUUCCAAAACCUAAAACUGAUGUUAAGAUUGCCAUUAACGACCCUGAAAUUAAAGGGGGAAAGACAAAAAAACCAACAUUUGACAUUUCAAUGCCAAAGAUAAACUUUCCUGAGGGUGAAAUCAAAUUAAAAGGUCCUGAUUUCAAGGGCAAGAAGAUUGAGUUGCCAGACAUUGAUAUUUCACUGGCUAAAGGGAAAUCAGAUGGUGAAAUUGAUGAACAUGGUUGGAAAGGUGGAAAGUUUCAUAUACCCUCUGUCGAUUUCUCACUACCGAAAAUUAAAGCAAAAGGACCAGAGGUCAACAUAGAAGGGCCUGAACUUGAACAAGGAAACAUCAACAUGCCUGACAUUGACAUUUCACUUCCAAAAGGAAAGGCCGACGUUGACCUCAAUGUUGAAAGUACUGAAGGAAAGGGAGGAAAAUUUAAAAUGCCCAAAUUUGAUAUUUCUCUUCCAAGGAAAAACCUACCCGAGGGCCAUGUUGAUGCACCAAAGGUUGACAUUUCUCUACCAAAAGUAAAAGGAGAUGUUGAUGUUGAUAUAGAGGGCAAGUUUCAACUGCCCUCUAUUGAUGUUUCUCUGCCUAAAAUAAAAGCAAACGAAGUUGACAUUGAUACUGAAGGUCCAGAACUAAAAAGUGACAUCACACUACCAACAGGAAAGGUUGAGGGUGAUCUAAGUUUCAAGGGCCCUGAUGUAAAAGGAGAAAAGUUUAAUUUGCCAGCUGUGGACAUUUCAUUUUCCAAAGGAAAAGUUGAUGGAGAUUUUGAUGUUGAAGGUUCAAAGAUAAAAGCUGGUAAGUUUAAAAUGCCAAAAUUUGAUGUCUCCUUGCCCAAAGUAAGUCUUCCAGAGGGUGAUAUUAAAAUAAAAGACCCAAGCAUCAAGGGAGGGAAGAUUGAGAUGCUAGACAUUGACACAUCGAUUCCAAAAGGAAGACCAAAAGGGGAAAUUGAAACUGGAGGGCAUGCAUGUAAAGGAAGCCAGUUCCAAAUGCCCUCGGUUGACAUUUCUCUUCCUAAAAUCAAAGCUAAAGGACCAGAGCUGGGUGUUGAAAUUCCUGGAGUUCAAGGUGGAAAGGAGAAUAUAUCUUCCCUUGAUGUUUCUGUACCUAAGUUAAAGUCUCCUGAAUUAGAUAUCAGUCUUGAGGGUCUGGAUGUGAAUGUUGAUGUUUCACCACCAUCAUUUAAAGCGGAGAGUGAUGUCAAUGCUGAAGAAAUGGAUGUUAAAGGAGGAAAAUUUAAGAUACCAAAGUUUGGUGUUUCUUUACCAAAGAUAGGUCUCCCAAGAGUUGAUACCAACAUUGAAGGACCACAGAUGAAAGGAAAAGCUAAAAUUACAACUGGUGAUACUUCACUUCCAAAAGGUAAGGCACCAGAGAUAAAUGUCGAGGGUCCUGAAACUGAAGGUGGGAAAGUAAAUUUGCCAUCUUUAGGUAUUUCUCUAGCGAAAACACAGUCUCCUGAUAUAGAUGCUAAUCUCAAGGGCCCUGAUCUAAAAGGAGGAAAAAUAAAAAUGCCUGGUGUUGAUAUUUCCCUCCCUAAAGGAAAGACUGAUGGUGACCUUGAUGUUGAGGCCCCUGAGACAAAGGGUGGGAAGUUCAAAUUACCAAAAUUUGAUAUCUCCUUACCAAAGGCCACUCUCCCAAAGACUGAUGUAAGUGUUCAAGGGCCAGACAUGAAAGGAGAAAUGGAAGAGCCAGCGGCUGACAUUUCACUGCCAAAAGUCAAGACAGAUGUAGAAAUUGAUAUAGCCAGCAAGUUUCACAUGCCCUCGGUUGAUAUCUCUGUUCCUAUAAUCAAAGGAAAGGAAGCUGUUGUUGAUAUUCAUGGACCUAAAAUCAAGGGUGAUGUGUCACACCCUAAAAUCAAGUCUUCAGACACAGAUAUCACCAUCAAGGCCCCUGAGAUUGAAGGAGGAAAGGUUCACCUACCAAACAUGGAUGUUUCUUUUCCCAAAGCUAAAGUUGAGGGCAAUGUCAAUGCUGAAGGAAUAGAAAUGAAAGGAGGGAAAUUCAAGAUGCCAAAAUUUGAUGUUUCCCUCCCAAAGAUUAAUCUCCCAAAGGUUGAAGUCAAUGUUGAAGGGCCAGAUAUGAAAGGGAAAAUUGCAAAGCCAACUGCUGAUAUUUCACUCCCAGACGCAAAAACAGUAGGAGAUAUAAAUAUUGAAAGUGGUCAUGGAAGCAAAUUUCAUAUGCCCUCAGUGGAUUUCUCUCUUCCGAAUGUCAAAGCAAAGGGAGCUGGCAUGGAGAUUCAAAAACCUGAUUUCAAGGCGGAUUUGUCCCUACCUAAAGUAAAGUGUCCAGAGGCUGAUAUCAGCCUUAGAGGCCCUGAGGUUGAUCAACCAAUCCCAGACAUCUCAUACCCAAAAGGAACAACUGAGGGUGGCCUUGAAGUUGAGAGCCCAGAGGUAAAGGGUGGUAAAUUUAAAAUGCCAAAAUUUGACAUGACCUUACCAAAGGUUAUUUGCCCAGAGAGUGAUUUGAAGAUAAAAGGCCCAGAGCUCAAAACAGGGAAAAUUGAGUUGCCAGACAUUGAUUUGUCACUUCCCAAAGGAAAAGUAGAAGGAAACAUUUCAACUGAAGGACAUGCUGGGAAGGGAGGCAAAUUCCACAUGCCAAACAUUGACAUUUCUCUUCCUACAAUGAAAGCCAAGGGAACUGAGAUCAAUCUUGAAGGUCCAGAAUUUAAGGGUGGAAAACUCAAUAUACCUGAAACUAACAUUUCACCCCCCAAAGGAAAGGUUGAUGCAGACCUCAGCAUUAAAGGUCAGAAAAUAAAAGGAGGAAAAGUAAACCUACCCAAAGUUGAUAUUUCCCUUCCAAAACUAAGUGUACCAGAAGGUGGUGUCAAAGUUGAAGGGCCUGAUGUUAAAGGAAAAUGUGAAAUCCCAGCCACUGACAUCUCAACAUUUAAGGGAAAAGUUAAGGGGGAUACAGAUAUUGAGGGACAAAGUGGUAAAAAAGGCAAGUUUCAAUUCCCCUCAAUAGAUAUCUAUUUUCCUAAAAUAAGAACAAAAGGAAUUGAUGUAAAUAUUGAAGUACCCGAACCCAAAGCUGAAAUAUCAGCUCAAGGUGGACAAUUUGAGGGUGAUCUAGAUGUUGAAGAACCUAACGUUAAAGGGAGUAAACUUAAAGUGCCCACAUUUGAUGUCUCAUUGCCCAAAGUGAAUCUUUCAGGGAGUGAGCUCAAAAUUAAAGGAUCUGCAAUCGAGGGAGGGAAGAUUGAGAUGCCAGAUGUCGACAUAUCACUCCCCAGAGGAAAAACAGGAGGAGAAAUUGAAGCUGGAUUGCGUUCCACCAAAGAAGGCAAGUCUCACAUGCCUUCAAUUGACAUUACCAUUCCUAAACUAAAAGCUAAGGGACCUGAUGUAAAUGUAGAAGGUCCUGAAAUUCAAGGAGGAAAGAUCAAAAUGCCUGGUGUUGAUGUUUCCCUCCCUAAAGGAAAGGUUGAUGGUGACUUUGAUGUUGAGGCCCCUGAGAUGAAGGGUGGGAAAUUUAAGUUACCAAAAUUUGACAUCUCUCUACCAAAAGUUAGUCUCCCAAAGACUGACGUUGGUGUUGAAGGAACAGACAUAAAAGGAGAAGUAGAAUUACUACCUGCUGACAUUUCACGUCCAAACAUAAAGACAGAUGUAGAAAUUGACGUCAACGGUGCUACAAGCAGCAAGUUUCACAUGCCUUCGGUUGAUAUUUCUCUUCCUAAAAUCAAAGCAAAGGGAGAUGUUGAUAUUCAAGGGCCUAAAAUCAAUGGUGAUUUCCCAUUUCCUAAAAUCAAGUCACAAGAGGUAGAUGUCAGCCUCAAAGGCCCUGAGGUUGAAGGAGGAAAAAUUCAUCCGGCAGCUGAUAUUUCCCUCCCCAAAGGAAAGGUUGGUGGUGACUAUGGGUUUGAGUGUGUUGAGGGUAAGAGGAGUAAGUUUAAAAUGCCAAAAGUGGAUGUGUCUUUACCAAAGGUGAGUCUUCCAGAAAGGGAUGUUAAAAUUAAAGGCCCAGACAUCAAGGCAGGAAACAUUGAGAUGCCAGACAUUGAUUUAUCACUUCCAAAACCAAAGGUUGAAGGAGAAAUUGAUACUCAAGGACAUCUUAGGAAAGGAGGCAAAAUUCAUAUACCCUCUAUUGCUCUUCCUGAUAUGAAAACAAAGGAACCACAAGCCAACAUAAAAGGUCUUGAAGCUGAUGUCAAUAUCAAGGGUCCUGAUGUAAAAGGAGGAAAAGGCGGAAGGUUUCACAUGCCAGCUCUUGACAUAAAUAUGCCAAAGUUUGAUCUGGAUCUAAGCCUUCCAUCUGGUUCAAAAGAUAAAGGCCUUAAAGUUGAGGUCAGUGGACCUGAUGCAUCUGGAGAUUUGGAGAUGUUGGGUCUCAAAGGUUAUCUCAAACCAGACCAACUGAAAGUAAAGAAUGAAGAUGUAGAAGGUACAGGAGCAUCACUAAAACGUCCCUCAGUCAAACUACCAACAGUUGACAUCUCAGCCCCAAAGGUUGAUCUAGACUUUGGACUUCACAAACCUAACGGUGAUGAUGUUGAAGUUGAGCUUUUGAAAGCAGAGGGAGGAAGACCUUCCUCAGGUGGCAGCUUUGAUUUACCUAAUGUCUCCCUCAAAGUACCUAGUUUCACUUUCCCUAGGUUUGGUGUAAAGUCAAAGAGUGGUGACUUGGAGGCAUCAGGACUCAAGACAAAUGCUUCCCUCCAUCAGCCAGAUGUUGAAGGAGAGAUUAGGGCUCCAUCAGUAGAGUUUGAUGAAGAUGGAAAAGUCAAAAUGAAGAAACCCAAAAUAAAAAUACCUUCAUUUAGGAAAUCUAAAACGGAUACAGAUAUAUCGAUGCCAUGUCCUAAUGUUGAUGUUAAAAUGAAAAAAGGAACACCUGACCUUCGUCAACUGGAUUGCAGAAGUGAAAACACAGACAAUAAGGUAAAACAUAAAGUCAAGUUCCCCAAGUUCAAAAUGUCCUCUCCAAAGGUUCAACUUCCGGAGGGAGAGGUUGAUGCUAAAGUGGAAGCAGAAGUGAAUAAAAAGAGCAGCUUUAAUGCACCUGAUGUCACUCUCAAGUUACCAAAGUUCUCAUUCCCAGUUUUUAGCUCCAAAGAAAAAGAUUUAAGAAAACCAAGUGGUAAACCUCAAGAUCAACCCAAAGUUAAGAUGCCUUCUGUUGAGCUGUCAUUUCCACAUGCUAAAACACCAGAAACAGAGGUGCUUCUCCCUAAAGCAGAAGUUGAUGUUUCAGAGGCAGAUAUUAAAGGGUAUGAAGGAAACCUUAAAAUUCCCAAAAUGCCUAAAAUUGAUGUUUCUAUCCCCAAAGUAGACCUAGAUGUAUCACUGCCAAAAGGCAAAUCCCACAAGACUGAAGGACCUGAUAUGGAACUUAAAGGAGGUGAAGGGAAAUUCAAAAUGCCUCAAAUAACAAUGCCAACAUUAGAUGUUACCCUUCCUAAAGGGAGACCUAAAGAUCUCAAAGCAACUAAAACUGAAAUAGGCGAUGCUGGAGGCAGUUUUAAAAUGCCUCACGUCAAAAUGCCCUCUGUUGAUAUAACUGUACCAAAAGCUGAUAUUUCACUGUCAAAAGAAAAAUCGGAAACCUCUGAAAUCGACAUGGAGGUUAAUACAGAGCAAAAGUAUAAAAUGCCCAGGGUUGACAUCACUCUUCCAAAGGGUAAACUUCAAGGCAACAAGGCACCUGAAAUGGAUGAAGAAAGAGGAAAAAUAAAAAUGCCUCACAUAAAGAUGCCACAUGUUGAUAUCUCUCUCCCCAAAAUGAAGACUAAAGGUCCAGAGGUAGAGAUCAGAUGUGAAGGGGGAGAAUUCAAGAUGCCACAAGUCAGCAUGCCCUCUGUUGAUGUUUCGCUCUCUAAAGGAAGGGCUGAAGGUCCAAAUGUUGAGGUAGAGGGCAAUUCUAAAGACAGAUUAAAGUUACCUCAGUUUAAAAUGCCAAAUGUUGAUGUCUCUCUGCCCAAGGGACAGAUUAAAGGUCCAGAUGUAGAGAUCAACGGAGAAAAGGGUACAUUUAAGAUGCCACAGAUCAAUGUGCCAUCUGUUGAAAUAUCCCUACCCAAAGGAAAAGUUGAUGGUUCAGAUAUUGAAGGUGACGAAGGAGAGAAAUUCAGAACGGCAGACAUAAAAAGGCCUUCAGUUGACACAUCAGUAUUUAAAGGGAAAACUACAGAUCCAGAUGCUGGGAUUACAGGGAAUGUAGGAGAAAAAUUUAAAAUGCCUCAUUUGAAAAUGCCAGAUGUUGACUUGUCUGUCCCCAAAGGGAAAGAAAGGUCAGAUGCGGACUUUAAGGGUGAAGGUGGAAAGUUUAAGAUGCCACACAUUGGUAUGCCUUCAGUUGAUAUAUCAUUACCCAAAGGAAAAUUAGAUUUUCAUGAGGUUGAGAUAGAAGGAGGUAGAGAAGGCAAAAUAAAAAUGCCUCACCUGAAAAUGCCAAAUGUUGACAUCUUUCUACCCAAAGGUAAUGCUGAAAAAAUUGAAGGAACAGAGUUAAAUGUAAAGGGAAGCAUACCAGAAAAGGCCUCAGGAGACACUUCUCUAGAAAAAGGUCAAACUGCAGGUCCUAUCCCUGGCAUUAAGAGUGAAGGAGGAAAGUUCAAGUUGCCAAACGUUGAUAUAUCUCUUUCCAAAGCAAAACCUUCUGUGGAAGCUCCACAGGUGGACAUAAAGAAAGAAGGACAUCUCAAGAUGCCAAAAGCAAGUACUGACAAAACUAGUGGGGAAAUUGAGGCAGAGGGAGGGACCAUCAAACUCCCACAUAUCAAGAUUCCUAAAGUUGAUAUUUCACUCUCUAAAGGUAAAGGCAAUGAAGUCCCUACUAUGGCGAUGGAAGCUGCAGAUCCAGAUGCAAAACUACCAAAGGGAAAAAUAUCAAUGCAAAAGGAUAAAUCACCUAAACCUGAGACUGGGUUACAAGAGGUAACACCAGACCUGAUGGUUGAUUUACAUGUUGAGGGGGAGCGCAAAGGUCUCGAGAUGAAAAUGCCAACAAUAGAUAUUGAAGGUCCAAAGAAAAACAUUGAAGUGAACAUAGGAUUUCAAGGAGGAGAGAGUAGCAUGGGAAAGAAAAAGGUUGUAUUACCAGACUUGGAUCUGAACACAUUGCGAACUGAGAGCAAAGUUAAGGGGAGGAAAGUCAAAGGAGCAAAUUUCAACACUGGAGUGCCAAAAAUGAAAGGUGUUGAAGAUAUAACCGUGGAAGUAAAACAAGGUGAGGAUAAUGUCAAACCUGAUGGCCAUACAACUGGCAAAGGUCAUAUAAACAUCACAGCUCCAGAGGUGACGUUACCAAAUGUUAGUCUCAAAACAGGUCCAGGUAGCAAAGAAGGCAAGUCAUCUGCCAGUAAAGAAAUCAAAGUCCCUAGAAUACCUGAUAUAGAGUUUGAUAUUGGUACAUCACAAGCUGAAGAUGACAAAACAGAAACGGAGAAGAAAGUCAAGAUCCCUAAAUUUGGAGUCCCAUUACCCUCCAUCUCUUCUCCUGAAAGAGGGAUGGAUAUCUACAGACCAGACGUUCGGUAUGAGGGCCCUAAAAUACCCAAAGUAAAGAGAGCUGUUUUUGUCUUGGUGAAUCCAAAUGAAACAGAGCAGGUAGCUGCAAAUAUUACUCCCCCAAGAAAAGAGGCAAUGGGUGAAAAUGAAACAGAAGAUGUCAAAGUGAAAAUACCCAAAAUCAAAACGAAGUCAAACUUUGGGAUGUCUAAAGAUAAAUCAGCUGAAAGAGAAGCAGGGGAAGAAGAAAAGUCAAUGGGAGCAGAGAUUAAAAUGCCAAAAGUUUCAUUUUCGUCAGGCAAAUCAGGUUCUCCGAAGGGAGAAGGUUCAAGUUCAAGUCUCAAAGGAGAAAAAGAUGCAACUCCUCAAAAGGACUCCAAGGAUGAUAAAGGGACAUUCAGGGGUAAAAUCAAAUUACCAAAGGUGGAGCUUACUAGUCCAUACAGCAAGAUGGCAACAGGGGAUGCAAUGGGAAAGGAUUCAUUAUCAGGAGAAGCGAAAGGAGACAUCCGAGAGCUGGAAACUCCAGACAAAAUGGUCUCAACGGAAAUAGUGUCAUCUCAUGCCAGAACAGAGAUGUUGAACAGGGACAGUUCAGAGUCUCCUGUUGGUUUUGGCGCAGAGUUCACUUCAACAAAGGUUCAGAUGUGGAGUGAGGCGGACAGCAGAAGUAGCAAGGCAGAGGAAAAGGAGACUACCUCCUGGUUUAAGGUCCCCAAGUUCACGCUGAAGCCCCAUGCCACAGGCUUCCUCCAGAUAACCCCAGAGGGCACACCUCAGGCCAAGCGCAAAGGUGAGCUGGGAGGGGAGGCUGAGGUCUCCGGGUCCUUCUGCCUUCACACCUCGGGACUCGACUUUACCAGCCAGCAAAUGUCUGAAGAGCACCAAGUCCCUUCUGCAGAGGAGGAAACUGUCACAAUGGUAACCAAAACCACCAAAAUCACCAGACACCUGGUUACCACUGAGACUCGAACCGGUGAAUCUUCAGCAACUACUCACCAAGUGUCGGACUAUAAAUCUUGAGAAUGCUGUACUGAUAUCUAAAAUACAUUUAGAUUUCUUUGUUUCUGUGUUUUUUUAGACUGAUGAGGUUGCAGUGUUUUAAUGUGGCAAAAAGUUUAUAUUUUAUAUUUUAUCAAGUUAGACAUGAUUGUGAUGAAAUACAAGGACUUUUUAUCAGCCAGCAUUACUAUCAGUAUUACAGCUAUAGAGUAAUAUAUAGUUGGAGGUUUUUUCUUUUUAAAUUUGACUAUUUUUGUUAUUCAUUUAGUUCUGGUCGGUCUUGAUAAUCGCAUUUUAAAUAUAAACACAUCGGGUUUUUGAUUAUUUUGUUUGUUUAUUCAAAGUGCACAGAAAAAAUCAAUUUACACUCACCAGCACAGUCAAUUAUAUCAACAUUUUCAUAAAUAGUUUGAAGUCAUUUAUGCUGAGCAACCAAAAGACACACGCAGUAUUAUUUAUGUAAAUAUCUUUAUAUUAUAGCUUGUUUGAAGCUGUGUCCCUGUAAAGCAAAAUGUGAUUAUUUUCAUAUUCACCAGAGUUAAGAGGAGAAUUAAUGUUUUUGAUCCUUUUUGUUGGUCUUGCAGGGAAAGUGUAAGGUUAUACAGAUGAUAGGCUGUUAUUUUCUACCAUAGAUUUAUAUUGAAGGCAUUUAGUUGAUGCUAUGUCUCAGAGUUUAUUAGUGUUGUGCGAGCACGAUGCUCUGGGUUCUUUUUUCAAACCUGUGACCUUCUAGUUGCAGAUUGUGCUCAAACAUUUACGCCAACGUGCUGCUAGUCUGUUUAUAUUUAUAUUGACGCUGUGCAUCGCCUGGAAAUCACACAAAUGUAUAGUCUGCUAAAGAAAUCUGGACUUCAAGACUCUUUCAUGAUGUGGCUUUUUUUUUCUUGCCAAAAAAAUGUAAAAAUAAGAUAAUGGGAAUUAAGGGAUUUAUUUUAAAGGCUCCAACAAGGGGCUGCAUGGUGGCGCAGUUGGUAGCACUGUUGCCUUGCAGCAAGAAGGUCCUUGAUUCGACUCCUGGCCUGGGGUCUUUCUGUAUGUAUUUACAUGUUCUUCCCGUGCAUGCGUGGGUUCCCUCAGGUUAAUUGGUCUCUCUAAAAUGCCCUUAGGUGGGAAUGGGUAUGUGCAUGGUUGUUUGUUCUGUGUGUUGCCCUGGGAUGGACAGGAGACCUGUCAAGGGCAUAAUUCGCCUCUUGCCCGUAGACUGCUGGAGAUAGGCACCAGUUCCCCCACGAACCUGUAUGAAAGAAGCGGGUACAGAAAAUGGAUGGAUGGCGCUAACAGAAAGCUGUAAAUCUUAUACUUUUGUCCCAAAUGAUCGUUUUUUGGCUGCUACAAUGAGACUAAUUAAGGAGUGGCAAGCCUUGAUUUUGCUCAGAAGCCAAAGAGUAGCAAAACGUUUUUUAUGUAAAUAAAAAACAGUAAGAUAAAAGUACCAUUGGCUUUGAUUCUAAUUAUUUUCUAAAUCUGACAUUGUUAUAAUCUGCAUGCAUUUCUAUACAAUGAGCACAUAACAAGAACCUUUCAAAACGGUGCCUGCCAUUGAAUCAAUAUAUUCAUCUAAAAUUGAGCUAGUGUUACCAUUCAGAUCAUUUUUAUCUCUAGAAUAAGAAAAUGCUGCUUACAAUUUGCUUACAAUAUUCAGUAAUGUGUAUUGCAAAAUAUUUAUUUUAAAGUGAAUGUAAAAUAUGUGAGAACAAAUCUGUUAAUUUAAUUUGAUUGUUUGGUUUUCCUUUGUUGGUAAAUGGAAUGAAGCAACAUUUAACACUCAGGGGGGGCGGGCGGUUUACAAGUUAAAAAUGGUUUCAAAAAAGCUAAGGAAAGUCCAGAUAACAGUGAGUGGGGUAUACUGUAUGUGUAUAGAUGUUUUAACCUUUCUGGAUGAAUUACAUGUUCACAUUUCCUUUGGAUUUUAAAGUUUUCAGAACCAAGUGUUGUGCCAGUGCUGCAUUUUAAAACUGCCUCAUCAAUAAAAUAGUAUUCGCUCA